GCUAAUGACUCAAAAACAGUAUGGGCUCUCUGAACAAAAGUAGCAGCGGUAUUGCAUGACGGUAUGCUGUUCCAGCUCAUUCAGUAAUUGCUCGAUCAAGCUUGAAUACUCAAAAACAUUUAUAGCCAUUCUCGCUCGACAUUUGCAAUCGUUUUUGGGUUGAGCUUGGGUAAAGUCUGAAUGUAUUUUCGCACAAUGAGACAAGACUGGCAGGUCCAAAGUGUAGCUUUUCUCGCCUGAUUUGUAUCUUCAUUUGCUUUCUGCUUUCUGAUUAGUUUCUUCAACAUUUCUGCGCAUUCUCUGGCUCCAGUUGGAAUUGCUUCGGAACCAAGCUAGCUUAUAACCAAAAAUGUAUUCUCUGGCACACUUGCAAUAAAAUCAGACUAUAACAACUACCUUGAAGCCUAAUCCGAUGGCCAUUUUAUCUUGCACUGCCUCACUUGUUCUUGCGGCGGGAUUCAAAGACCCUCCUCUCUCGUGUCGCAUGCAAAGAGAGAGAUGGCCGACGGCCGACCCUCUCCUUCUCAUUUGAGUCCCGGACUUCCAAAAAUCCAAAACGGAUCCAAUAUUACCAGCCAAAUUGGUUACUUAGCUGAGUGGUUGUACUAACCACCGCCACCUCUUCCAAUCGAUUCGACUGCUUCAGUGGAGACCAGCCGGAGGGUCCCCAACAUCACCAUCACCGACAUCCCUUUUUAACGCCUUCUCGUUUUUUCCCCCUCUCGACUAAAUAGAGAAAGUUAACGGCACUAAAUGAAACAAAAGCAAAGCAUUCCUCUGUCCAAAUUUCAAACCCACCCAUCAUCCUCGCCCGGGCUUCACUCCUCACCAACCGAGACGGAGACCGACGACGAGGACGCCGGACGGAAUGACCGGCGGCGAAGGCGGCACCAGAGCCCGAUGUCGAGCAACUCCCAGACGCCCACCACCUCCUCCGGCUCCACCAUCAACCUCAGCCGCGAGUACACCCUCGCGAUGCAAACCAACUCCUACAGCGAAAUCUGGGCGAAAAUCCACCCGGGCGACGGGCCGGAAACCGUGGAGUCAUCGCCGGCCCGAUGGGUCGCGCGGGUCCUACAGCCGGACCGCGCGGCCAUCCAGGAGGCCCUCGGCGCCGCCACGCCCACCCACCUUGCUCGCCUCGUCUCCCACUACUUCGACAGCAGCGAGAGCACCUCCGCCCUCUGCUUCUCUCUCCACCGCGCCGUCGAUCGCGCCCGCAGAAUCUACGCCCCCAUCACCACCCUCCUCGAUCUUCUCCCUUCCACCUCCACCUCCCCCUCUUCCCCUGGCUCCUUCCUCACCCCGGUACAGUGCGACCUGGCCUUCGACACCUUCCUCGAAUUUGACCGCCCCGACAACCCCUUCCCCGCCCCCUCCGCCGGCUUCCAGGGCAUGCGCCGAUGCUUCCCCGAGCUCCGGCAGCAGCUCGAGUCCCGCCUCCGCAAGGCCCGCCGCCGCCACCGCCUGCUGCGCCACGGCACCCGCGGCGCGGCCGCCUGCCUGAUCGGCGCUGCCACGGGGGCCGCCGUGGCCGGGCUGGCGCUUGCCACCCAUGCGCUGGCGGCGAUGGCGGCGGCGGCGGCUGCCGUGUGCCUGCCGACGGGUGACCUGCUCGCGGGCCGGAGGCGGCAGGCGAGGGAGCACAUGGCGCAGCUGGACGCGGCGGCGAGGGGGACCUAUGUGCUCGACAAAGAUUUGGAUACGAUCGAGAGGCUGGUGGCGCGGCUCCACGAGACGGUGGAGAGCGACAAGAAGCUGGUGCGUCUGGUGCUGGAGAGGGGGCGGGGUCAGCGCCACCCCAUCGAGGGGGUGGUGCGGCAGCUCCGCAUAAACCACCCGAGCUUUCUCUACCAGCUCCGGGACCUCGACGAGCACAUCUGCCUCUUCUUCCUCGCCGUCAACCGCGCACGGUCCCUGCUCCUCCAGCAGAUUCACCGGCAGCACUCUACCAGCGUAGCUUCUGACUCAUGAUUGCGACCUCUCAGCGGCAUUCACCAAUUCUUCAGUGACAUUUUAUUGAUGGGUUACUCUCCAUUUUUCAGGUAAAGUAAGGUUAUUUUUGAUGCUGGGCUGCUCGAUAUAGUGCUCCAUUAGGUGCUCAUUAUAUGUUAACAGUUGAUGUAACUCUCUCUAGAGGCACAAGCUCAUAUUUGCGUAAGAUCUUUUCUUAUUUAGCCAGAUUGGAAAGGGAUGCCACAGUUGCUGAAAAGAAUAGAAAAAAAAAUUUCUUUUUUACCUUCUCCUUCAUCUUCAGUUGUGUGCUUGUGUUCUCAAUCAUACUGUAAAUCUUUCUAAAUCGAGCUUGCAAGCAGCCAAGUAUAUAAUAGGAUGAGUUGCUGAACUGAGGAUUUAACCAUUGCAA